AUGCCGUGCGUUGGCUGGGCUGAUGUGGCGAAAAGCUGUCGAGAACGGUCAGUUCUUCAUUGCCUCGCAACGCAACAUGUUCCCAAGAACACAAGAGGAGGAGGUGGACGUGCCCCUGAGGAUGGCCAUGCCGGGCACAAUGACCGCUGGGCCAAAGACGAGAGACAUAUGCACAACACCAGCUGUACAGAAUCGCAAAGCAGCCCAGCUGCAAGCUGCAAGUCGGCGAGGCCGUCUGCAUGGUAG